CAGAUAUCGAAACGGGUACAAAAUUCAAGAAAUUUCGACAUUUAUUUUUUUAACAACUACUUUUACCAUUUUAGAGCAGUUUCUGUCAUAAUUUCGGCAUUCUGAGAUUAUUAUAGAGGUGCCAAACUGGUAAUCAGACUGCACACAGCUUAAUCCACAGAUUUCACCAUGUCGUACAUGCUCCAGCAUCUGAACAAUGGAUGGCAGGUAGACCAGGCCAUUCUCUGUGAGGAGGAAAGAUUGACAGUCAUUCGUUUUGGUCAUGAUUGGGACCCAACAUGUAUGGCCAUGGAUGAAACACUUAUGAAUGCAGCUGAGAAGCUGAAAAAUUUCUGCAUCAUCUACCUCGUGGACAUUACAGAAGUACCAGACUUCAAUAAAAUGUAUGAGUUGUAUGAUCCCUGCACAGUGAUGUUCUUCUAUCGCAAUAAACAUAUAAUGAUAGAUCUUGGUACUGGAAACAAUAAUAAGAUUAACUGGGCUAUGGAGGACACUCAGGAGUUCAUUGAUAUUGUAGAAACUGUCUUCAGGGGCGCAAGGAAAGGGCGAGGUCUUGUUGUGUCUCCGAAGGAUUACUCAACAAAAUAUAGAUACUGAUUUAGUGACUUUAUGGGUACAAGUGAAAAGUGGAUUUUUCUGUUUGGAUUAUUCAAUAUGGAGCAUUCCCAUAAUUUCAAAAGUUAUUCCCAUUUCUUAUAACUCUACUUCACUGUAAAAUUCUAUGUUGUAUGUUGCAUUGCCACCCUUGUGGAUGUGUGUAAAGAAUUUGAAAAGAUCCUGAAAAGGAGUGUUCUGUUCUAGAGCUCAUACAUGUAGAUCAUUUUCAUACUGAGUAUAUACUGAGUAGCCAAGUAAUUGUUAUUCACAAUAAACAUGAAUAAAAAAAAGUAUGACUGACUUUCCCUUGAUCUAGAUUUUAUUGCCUUUUUCAUAGGCUAGUAAUGAAUAAGUAACUUUCACCAUUAAAGGG